CACUGAUGAAUCAGGAAUUGUUUGAUGAAACUGUUUCACAAUCACAGCGGGUGAUCUGACAAUAAACAAGCAAGCUAAGCACAUUCAAAUCAAAAGCCUGUUCAAUAGCAAGGUUGCCGUCGGUGUGUCUCACGCCAUCGGUUCGGUGAAUACUAUCGCAUUAUUUGGCAGAGCUAAGAAGAUUUUAAGAAGGAAAACACACCACAGCCAUGCAAUUUGUUUUUGGUUGUCUGAUGCUUUUCAGUUUAACCAUAGCUGCUGAGAACCGAUGUAAAAAAAGCCCUCGAACACCCAAACCAGGAUGCUGUCCGGAUACUUAUAUUGGCCACUGCUGUCCAGGCAUCGCGCCUUGCACGCCGAUAAAGCCACGGCCAAUGCCAACCCGUACUAUGUCACUGCCAAACUUGCAAAAUAACAGGACAAUGGCUCUGAAGCUCCCUUGCUCACCUCCUUGGGACACAUCCGCCUGUGGUGAAGGAUUCUACAAUAUGAACGGAACAGUGGAAGCAUGUCCGCCUGGGUUUUAUUGUCCGGAACUUUUCGUAUGUAUCCUACCCUGCCCAUUGGGGGCCUACUGCAAGCAGUUCCAAGUCACAAGAUUCAAGCCGGAAAAAAAUGGUGUAUUGUGCAGGCGAAUGGGCAUGUGCUGUAGAAACUCUCAUGGUGUUUUACAUCCACCGACACAAAUUAGUCCAGGGGUAUUCAAAUGUCCAGGAAUGCCACACCCUGAUGCUUGCCCCAAAGGUAACUACUGUCCGAAUACAACAACCAAAAGAAAUUGUAAGGAUGGUCACUUCUGCCCAGAAGGCUCUGUCGAACCACUAAAGUGUCCGAUAUUAACAAGCUGUGGAGUAGGAGAAUCAGCACCCUUAAAAAAUGCUGCUGGACCGUUGCUAGCUGCAUUUCUACUUCUGCUCAUCGUUCUUUGCUAUCAGUUCUACGUACACUACUCAGAAAUAAAGUUCUACGCCCAGCUUUACUGUGGCAAUUUCAUGGGGCGAGAGAGGAGUUUUAGCGUCGCCUACAAUGUCACUGAUGGAAUGAUGGGUCUAACGUUAAACAUGAACGAGGUCUCCGAGUCGCCUGGAGAAGAUACAAAAAUCAAACCAAAAGACUACACUAUCGAUAUUUCGUUCAGAAACUUGAGUCUUACUUUGAAAACGGGUUCCAAAAAGGUGGUCCUUUCUGGAGUCAAUGGCGAAGUAUGUAGCGGUGAAGUGACGGCCGUUAUGGGACCGUCUGGUGCCGGAAAAACGACAUUUUUGAACGCACUGAGUGGAAAGGCCUACUACGGGAUAAGAGGUGGAGAUAUUUUAGUAAAUGGGAAAGCGGUUGACUCAAUAACGAAGUACAGAAGGGUAACUGGAUUCGUUCCACAAGAAGACACCAUGCAUCGCAAGCUGACAGUAAGGGAGGUUCUGCUUUUUCAAGGCAGGCUCCGAUUGCCAGGAAACACUGAUUAUGAGGUCAUCAAAGAUAGAGUCGAGCACAUUAUGGAGUUGUUAGAAAUAGCCCAUGUUGCCAAUGUGCCAAUAGGGGAUGAGGAAACACGUGGAAUUUCUGGAGGCCAAAGAAAAAGAGUGAACAUUGGAAUGGAACUUAUUGCUGAUCCAACACUACUGUUUCUUGACGAGCCAACAAGUGGCUUGGACAGCACAUCCAGCCUGUCAGUUCUGCGUGCAUUACGAGCUGUAGCAGAGAAAGGACGUCUCAAUGUUGUCUGUGUAAUUCACCAGCCUCGAUAUGAAAUUUUUGCAAUGUUCCACAAACUACUGUUUUUGGGCCCUGGAGGACGAACUGUGUACCAAGGAACGGUUGAGGGGGCACGCGACUAUUUUGAGACUCUGGAUUUCCCAUGUCCACCAAACAUAAACCCGGCUGACCAUUACAUGGAUGUUAUCGGAGGAGUUGUUAAAAAGGGUGACGACAAGUUUAAUCCUGUAGUGCUUUUUGACUCUUGGACCAAGCAUUCUUCUGAUUCGCAAGAUUUUAGCAAUGGCGAUACGGAGAAUAUUACGCUAAUGAAUUCGCAUGAUAAAGAUGAUGAUUUUCAGGGAAGGGCAAUGCCAAACAUUUUUUCCCAGUUUUUUGUUUUCCUCAAAAGAGAAGCAGUUCUCCAGCUUAGAUACAUCAAAUCAUUAAUACUUGACCUGUUCUUGGUGUUGCUUGCUGGCGGUGUUCUUGGAGCACUGUAUGCAGAGGUGUCACUACAAAAGACAAUUGCAAUGAACACAAUGAGCUCCUUGGCAAUUGGCCUCACAGCAAUUCUCGCCUCUUUACGAUGUUUUGGAAACCAUCGAACAACUUUCUGGAGAGAAUCAGCAUCUGGUGUAAACAGGUUCAGCUACUUUCUCGCUGUCAAUGUAUGUCAGUUGCCACUGAUCCUGGUCACCCCAUUGGUUUACUUAAGUCUGCAGUAUACAUUUACAUCGCCUAGAGCAUUGUUUAAAUAUCAUUACGGUGCAGUUUUGUUAGCACAGUUUGCCACAACUGGUAUUGGAUAUGCCAUUUCCUGCAUUUUCAACCCACGAAACUCCCAGAUGGCUGCUGUCGUUGUUGUGCUUAUUUCCUCUUUGCUAUCCGGCUCCAUGCCAGAUCUCUGCCAACUGAAUGACUUCAAGGUCAUCGGUCCUAUCGCUUACAGCCUCUCCUACUGCCGUUGGUUCGUCGAGGCUUUGUUUGAGAAGGAGGUUGAGCGAUAUCCUGCCAUUAUGCAGACGCAAAUCGAUUAUUUGGCCUUCAAGAAUAAUUAUAACCUUGAAAGUUAUGGGCUUUGUUUACUUGCGCUGUUUUGUUUUGGAAUAGUUUUCCGUAUUAUUGCUUAUCUUUGUUUAGUGUUUACAAAUCGUGGUCAACAGAAGUAGCCAGCGAUUUCCUAGACUUUAGAAGUGUAGCAGAACCUUUCAUACAGAACAUUUAAGAUCAUUUGAUUUUAGUGUACCCAAUAACUGUAGUUGUAUCUUCACAUCUUAAAAGUUUGUUUUUAA